GAGAGGGAGGUCGGGCAUGGCGGGGCCGCAGCAGCAGCAGCAACAGCCGUGGGCGUCGUCGGCUCCCGGCAAGGGCGGCUCGGGCGGGGGUCCGGUGCUGCGCGCCGUGGAGUCCAUCAGCGACCUCUACCGGACGCCCUCCUUCUUCUUACAGCGAGCCAAGGCGGCACGCGCGCGCGGGAACAGCAUCGCCGAUGCCACCGUCGGCACCGACUCCUCCACGGCGAAACCUCCGCCUAGAGUGGGGGGCUCCGCGCAGUGGACGGCGGCGGCCCCCCUCUUCAACGACGAUGACGACUGGGACCCAGCGUGGAAGGAACUUCCGCUUCCACCACUCACGCCGCCACCGCCGUCGCAACCGCCGCGUUCCCUCGAGGAAUCCGGCUCUGUCCAGCGCCCAGCCUCGUGCUGCCCCUGCAGCCUCAGGCUUCUCGUCCACCUGCUGCUCUUGGUGUCUCUCCUGAGCCUCGGCGUGGCUGCGUGCGCCCUCUACUGGGCUGUGAUGGCCCACAAUGAGACUCGGGGCCUACGUGGGACCAUGGAGGCGCGGGCGAUGGAGGCGGAGCGGCUGGGGGCCCAGGACCCCUCCUACGCCGCCGAAGGCCUCCACCUCCCGGGCCAUCCGCGUGGCCUCCGGGCCCCGGCCGGCGGCGUCUGGUGACCACCCCACGGUGGCCGCCCGGUGUCCGUCCGUCGUCAUCACCCGCCGGGAUCGCCACGACGCAGGGCAACGUGCAAUGCGACGUAGAUUCGUGGUAGCGUCUACGGCAAGCGUUCAUCAUUGCGUGGCCCGUCGGCCACUGGCGGCCCCUGAUGGCCUUCAGUGCGGCCCCUGACACGCGCCCCCCCCCCCCCCGACAAUACACAAAGAGUGAAAAUAACACCCAUCAUCAUCGUCGUGCCGCUGUCAAACCCAACAUUGGUGUCAAACGUGUGGCGGACCUCACACUGACGAUGUCUUAUCGGCGAAAGUCGCCCCCCUCUGAAAGUCAGUGAAAAACACUGGACUAAGAUGCUACCCCCCCCCCCCCACCCCACCUCAACGAAGCCGUCUACGAGCAGUGGAGGGUUCAUUUUGUAUAGGCGGCAACAAGCACCUCCCGCGCUAUCUGUGCUUCUGGAAAUAAACUACACGUACGAAUAUUGAACCUCUUUCGCAUCGUACGUAGCCAACCGUGCUCAUCGGAAGUGCUGGGGAAGGACAACUAAAACACAAAAAGCAACUCUGAUUAAGUAAUUUUUCGAUCUCGAUUUAAAAGUGCAUCGCUCCAGUGGCUUCCUAAUAUCGGAAGGAAAAGCGUUCCAGACGGCCGCAGAAGCGCACCUGAAAACGCGCGAUGCGGUGACCGCCGUCAUUGUUCAACCGUUAGCCAAAAGCGGCUGCCGCGAGGAUGACCGGAGUUUGCGUGGUGGUGGUGGUUUAUGCUGCUUGACGAGAUCAGCAGCUGCAAAGGAUUACCCGCUACUGGCCACUCAGGAGCUUGAAGCUGGACCGAGGCUCUAGCAAAGCCUAGAAUAUCCAGCACCCCGGAAACAGGGCUGCCACAAGUGAGGUACAGCAAUCCUGGGCCAUGCAGUGGGAAGGAGAAUGUCUCGCAAUACCGUAAGAGGGGAGUGCUACGUGUGAAUGCAUCGUCUCGAGUAGUGUAUUAUUAUUGUUGCGUAACUGACAAAAACGGAACUCUGAAAUGUUCUCGCAGAUUUCAAAGGACAGCUCAAAGAGAUGACGAUCCUGGGAAAACCAGGACAGGUCACAACCUGUAUGACAAAGGCAGCACCUGUGCACUCGUCAGGAGCCCCCAGAUUGUUUAUACAUUCGGGCCCAGGUUGCCCUCCUGCUGGGGUUGAGCAGUCCAACAGUGGAUAGACGCUGUGCUUUUAUACCAGAGCUUUGGGUGAAUAAUAUUUCACACCGGUGUAUGUUAAACCUGCUCCCGACACAUUUACCACAAACGUGGGCAUUGAAAAA